CCCGCCCUCCUCCCCGAGAGGCAGACACGGCAGACGGCCUCACCCACCGCCGAGCUCGCGGCAGAGGCAGGAGGAGGCCGUGCCCAUGGAGUCGCCGCCAAUGCCGCUAGCCGCCCUCUGCCUGCUGGGGGUGCUGGUCACCGCCUGCCUCGGAGCGUCCCCCUGGCCGGAACCAGAGUUCCCGGUGAACCUCCGGGGCUCCAGCUCGCAGUGCCAGGGCCAGAUAGAGGUCCUCUUCGAUGGCCGGUGGCACACAGUGGACAGCCGGAGCUGGGGCCGGAGCCCGGGCCUCCAGUGGCACCCCAGCGUUGCCUCCCCGCUCUGCCAGAAAAUGAAGUGCAGGGAAGCCUUGCUCCUCGGCCCGGUCCCUUCCUUCAGCAGCCCCCGGAACCACGUCACCUGCCACGGAAUGCCGGGCUCCCUCUCCCACUGCAACGCCAGCGACGCCCGCCAGGCGGAGCCCCUGAGCCUGAUCUGCUUAGAACCACUGAAGACGACCCCUCCUCCCACAAGGCCUCUGCCCACAACCACUCCAGAGCCCGCAGCUCCUCCCCGGCUGCAGCUGGUGCCAGGGCCCGGGGGCCUGCGGUGUGCGGGCGUGGUGGAAUUCUACAGCGGCCACCUGGGCGGCGCCGUGGGCUACGAGGACCAGGACAGCACCGAGGCCCUGGGGGACCGCAUCUGCGAGGCCCUCCAGUGUGGCUCCUUCCUGAAACACCUGCCGGAGGCCGAGGCCGAGGCCGAGGCCGAGGAGACCCCGGCCCCAGGGGCGCGCCGGCCGCUGCCCAUCCGAUGGAGGGCCCAGAACGCCAGCUGUGCCUCCCUGGAGCAGUGCUUCCGGAGGGCCCGGCCCUGGGAGGGCAGCCGGGCCCUCGCCCUCGUCUGCUCUGAUUUCCAGCCCCAGGUGCAGAGCCGCCUGGUGGGGGGCAGCGGCGUGUGCGCGGGCUCCGUGGAGGUGCGCCAGGGCCAGGGCCGGCAGUGGGAAGCCCUGUGCCACAGCCCCUCGGCCAAGAGCGCGGCGCGGUGGGCAGAGGUGUGCCAGGAGCAGCAGUGCGGGCCGGUCAGCUCCUACCAGGUGCUGGAGGCCGGCGAGAAGGACACGCGGGGGCUGGUCUGCUUCGGGGAGAAGCUGUCCCAGUGCCACCAGCUGCAGGAGCGGCGAGCCCACUGCAAGCGGGUGUUCCUCACCUGCCAGGACCCCAACCCGGCAGGCCCGAGCACCGGCACCGUGAUGAGCAUCAUCCUGGCCCUGGUGCUGCUGGCUGUGCUGCUGGUCAUGUGCGGGCCUCUCGCCUACAAGAAGCUGGUGAAGAAAUUCCGACAGAAGAAGCAGCGCCAGUGGAUUGGCCCGACCGGGAUGAACCAGAGCAUGUCUUUCCAUCGAGAUCACGGGACGACUGUCCGCCGGUCGCAGGUUGAGAACCCCACAGCCGCGCACCUGGAGAACGAGUACAGCCAGCCCCCCAGGAACUCCCAGCUCUCCGCGUACCCAGCUCUCGAGGGGGCCCUGCGCCGCGUGUCCGCCCAGCCCGAUAACUCCUCCGACAGCGACUACGACCUGCACGGGGCUCAGCGGCUGUGACAGACCAGGGACCCGGAGCGAACGGGAGCCAGCCGGGUCCUGAGAGCGCCGCAUCUGCCGCUUGGAAACACAGCCGAGGGCAAGGGCCUCCCCACACCCAGCCCUGCCCUCCCGCAGGAGCCGCAGCGAAGCCCGCAGAACAGCUGGCUGCCCGCAGACAAGCAGCCCCUCCAAGCAGAGACGGGGGCGGGUGUGGGAACCCCACCUCGUCUGUGGGGAGCUCUCUCCUCACACGGGGGCCCAGGGAGGACUGACAGAAGCGCACACGGGGCAGGGGUGGGAGCCGAGGUCUCCAGUGUAUUUAAUAUGUUCUUUGUAAAUAACGGCUUUCCUGCUUCCUGAGGAUUGAGCGCCCGGCUCCUCGGUCCAGAGUUCUCUCUGUCCCCCCGGGAUGCCCCAGGGCGGGGACACCCGCGGGGCGAGCAGCCCUCGUGGUCAGAGAUCCCCCCGACCCAGACAGAGUAGCAGGACCA